ACAGCCCGCGCCGCCCCGCGUUUAUUCUCGCCUUCCUUUCUUCCCGAGACGGCGAGCACCGCUCUUGAUCCUCGGUGGAUUCCCCUCCCCGCCUGCCCCCCGUUUUCGCGACGCCGUCGACCGCUCGAGACAGAGCAAUGGACAACCAGCGGCGGACUCGCAAGCGAAGUGUUUGUGAGCUGAGCGGACGGGACCUGCACCCGUGCAGCAGCGAGCAGAGCCUGAGCAGCAAUGCGAGCCUUCCCAGUAUGCCAUGCGGGCCGGGCUACGAAGGCCGGGCGGCGAGCUGGGCCGUGUGCUUCGAGCGUCUGCUGCACGACCCCCUCGGCCUGCAGCUCUUCACGGCUUUUCUCAAGAAGGAGUUCAGUGAGGAGAACAUCAUGUUUUGGCAGGCGUGUGAAGACUUUCGACAGAUCCCGUCGGACCAGGCUGCCCAGCUCUUUCAGACGGCGCGUCGGAUUUACGAGCGAUUCCUGUCGGAGAAGGCUGCCAUGCCCGUCAACAUCGACAGCCAGGCGCACAUUUCGGACGACAACCUGAAUGCUCCGCACCCUGCGAUGUUCCACGUGCAACAGCAACAGAUCUUUAACCUGAUGAAGUUCGACAGCUAUUCACGUUUUCUCAAGUCGCCCCCGUACCAGGAGUGCCUACUCGCCGAGGUGGAGGGCCGCCCUCUGUUGUCGGCGCUUGCCGACGCAGGCCACACGGCCGCCACCGAAAAGCCCGGCAGCGCGUCCAGCACCGUGGUCACGCCCAAAAAGUCGACCAAAAAGGCGAAGGCGACGAAAGCUGCCGGGGAGGAUGAGGAGGAAGGCAGAAGAAAAGUGGGGAGCUCUGUCGGUAGUGGCGGUGGCGGUGGUGGGAUACACGGAGUUGGCGGCUUUCCCUGGAUCAUUGGCAGCAAGUCGAGCAUCCCCCGCACGGGCAGACGCGGAGAUGAGCACGACUCCACCUCCGACUCGAGCGUGGACAUGGCGCGCUCCAACUCCGUCGGGUCCCUGACGACCACCAAGAGUGAAUUCCAUUCUCCACCUUCGCUAGCGGCCUCGAGCGAGGGCCAGAUGGGCCCCGUGGAGGCCGGGGACGGGGCCGCGCAGGAGAAGGGCCGCGUGGGCCCCCUGUGCCGCGUGCUGCUGCCCGACGGCUCGUCAGCCGUGAUCACCGUGAGCGCCGAGCUGUCGGUGCGCGAGGCGCUGCGCCCGCUGUGCGACAAGCGCGGCCUCGCGGUCGUAGCCCUCGACGUCUUCCUGGUGAAUGGCGACCGGCAGUUGGUGUUGGAACAAGAGAGCCUGACUCUCGCAAACAGGGAAAUCCGGCUGGAGCGCAGGAUCCUCUUCAGGCUUGAUCUGCUACCCAUCACCAAGUCGGUGGGUGUCAAGGCCAAGCCCAACAAGGCGGUGGAGGACGUCCUCCACUCGGUGGUCCUCAAGUACGGCCUCAAGCUCAAGGACAUGGUGGCCUACAUGCACGGCAACACAGAUGCGUUGGACAUGAGCGUGCCUGUGUCUCAGCUGGACGGCAAGCAUGUGGUGCUCGAAGCUGCCAACCACAGCAAAGAAAAGACCAUCGACGGGAAAUUCAAGCUGCGUGAGGUGAAUUCUGCUCCGGCUUCCUCUGGACUCGCAUCGAAGACCAGUGGACAGUCACCCGCAGAGCAGGACGCUGCUGCCAAGGGCAAGAAAGCUUCACAGCCAAAAGCUAAAGAUAGCGAUGAGUGGCUGGAGCUGCUGUCCCGGGCACAGCGGCGGCGUGCCGAUGACCAGCGCGGUCUGCUGCGCAAAGAAGACCUAGUGCUGCCUGACUUCCUGAGAGUCGCCAUGGGUCCAGAGCCUCCCUCCUGCUCCUCAUCCUCCUCCACGGCAGCUGACAGAACGGGCCAGGGCGCGCCUUCGGGGAGCUUGACGUCAAAGGAACAGCCGACGCCACAGAGCCAGACCUCGGGCGUGGAGAGCCAAGUGGGCAGCCAACAGCAGAGCACGCCCCGCACAGCAGGCCAACAGCCGUUCGCAUCGGAAUUGUCACCCAACGCACAUCAGCCCGUGUCUCAGUCCUCCUCCUGUCCACACCUAGAGAUGAAGCAGGGUGGUGGACCAAAGUUGCAGCCAAACGUGUUGCAGAUAUCAAUAAUGUUUGAAUCCAGGGUCGCUCACACGCCGGCAGGCGCUCCGGGGCAGGCAGAGAAACCCGAGGACUUGCACGCGGUCGCAAAGCAAGCCUCUCACGGCCACGAAAACAAAGGUCUGGCUCGGCUGCAGGAUGGAAGCAAGGCGAUUGGCAAGGCCUCCUCCGAGGAGGUGAUUGUGGAAUUUCCGCACCCUCCGAACUCCCACGCCUCGCCAUCGGUGGCAGCACCGGGACAAGAGUUGGCCGAGAAAGAGCUUGUGAACUUUGUGUGUACAGUCACGGCGCCAGAGGCGAUGGACGCUUCCCUCAACGAGAACGCAAACAAUUCGUCGGAUGUAAAAAAAGCCAAUGGACAGCAGGCACCAGAGUCACAGAGGCCGACGGAACCCCCUCCAGAAGAAGGGGGCCCGCCGGAGAAAGCACUGCCGUCGCUGCCGGCCGACUCGGACAAAUCUGACGGCACGGAGGGCUCGUCGACGGGGGACGCGGCGACUGCGGAGAGCACAGAGAACAGCAGAGCUGCUCCUCUGGGCUUCGACGCGCAGAAUGUGGAAUCGCAGUCCUAACAUGAGUCGUCCGCACGGUACAAAGUGAAAGGUGUAAGAGCCAGACGUCUUGGCCUGCGAGUGACAUUUUUUUUAGUUAUUUACAAAAAAAGAAAGAAUUCACGCUCAAAAAAUUAAUAAAAAAUAUUAACCCACAGUGCAGUCAACAUUGUAUGUUUCCGAAAAGUAUAAUAAAUUAAUUCCAUAAAUAUCGCUCUCGUGGAUUUUCCACGCAACUGCUUCAACUUUGCUGCACAGGCCCUCAACUCUUCCACUACAUUCGCUGGACCAAACACCACGGGGGGCACAACGUACGGAUGUAUCACGGCGUCUGGUUUAAAAUUAUUUUAAUUUUUUUCAGCAAUUAAAACUGCACCGUCUCUGUUUUUAUACAACGUAUGACCAGUUGCACUUUUUUCUUCCAAUCAGCUAAUGUCUGAAACACGGUAGCACUCCUUUUUUCUUGGUACAUCAUGUAACAGCCUAUUUGUUGUUUGUAUUAUUUACAAGUGCUUUAUUACACGUUGACACCACAGCGCAGCUGUUACCGAUAUAAUCUUUAUGACGAGCGUUAGUCUGAACCAAUACAUUUUGGUCAGGCUGUGAACAUACAAGGUAGACAUUCAUGUCUUGUGCCACCAUAUCUGGAUCACGUUUAAAACUGUUGGAGAAACAUCUGGCCUUACAUAGAAACCCUCUGGCCUUACAUAGACUUGUAGAGUCUAAACCGAACAUGGUCACCGGGGCAAUAAAGGAUGUAGACUGCGAUCUCGGCAGGGAAUGGGAGUUCAUGAGGAAUGUGGUAGGUCAAAAGGUUUCAAUUUGUUUAAUACGUAAACAAUACUACACAUGAAUGUACGCAUUGUUUGUGUGUUAUUACUCUGUACGAUUAUGACCAUUGAAACCAUUUCGUCUCUUCUGACAAAUGUUUAUAUUGAUAAUAAACAGCCCGUUGUCAACCCA